UAACAGCCAACGACAUCGAUCUUCAGCUUCGGGUUUCCUCCCCCGCACCAGAGGUCGUCCUCCCGGAGCUUCGUCCUUUCGCCCGGCCUCAAUGAACCGCCAUCGCCUCUCUAUCGUCAGCCUUCCCUUCGACAUUCCUACGUUUUGGCAGUCUGUUGUGGACCCCGCUCUAUCGUUUAGGAUUAGGCAGUUGGACGUGCCGAUUCUGGACACCGCCAAGUGGGCACAGUGGUGGCACGCUUACGUGGCACUCAGCUUCUGCCGCCUCGAAGUCGUUUUCCACAGGGUGGAACCUGCUGACAAAAGUCAGGAAGACGAGAUCCCGGACGACGAGCCGAAGUUAUUGAUUGUCCUGGCCUGGAGGACAGAUACGGAGGGUGAGCUUCUGGGGAUCCUAUUCGGGGAAGUACAUGACAGCCACCUGGAUUCGAUCACAGACGAAGUGCUGGUGUUCUUGACCCAACUGGUGGACGACCUACCCUUGGACAUCCUCUCGUGCUGCGACGAACAACACGGGACUGCCACAAUCGCCCGUACCUUGGCCCCCCAUCUCCUGUGGUCUAUGUGCACAGAGCUCGACGGAGAUCAUUGCUGCUAUCCCUCCGAGGGCGCUUACCUGGUCAUCGACGAGACUGAUCUCUCCUUCUGGGAUCCUCUCAUCCGGCGAGUGGACGUAGGAGAGACCAACGAGGAAGCUGAAGAGGAAGAAGAGGAAGCAGCCGAGGAAGAGAUCGAGAAGGACGACCAUCUUCAGUACACGGAUUCUGAAGGAGAGGAAACACCAGAAGAUGAAAAAUUAGAGGUUGAGUCGGACGAUCCCGAUUAUCAUGAAUCAGAGGACGCCGAGUCAGAAGAGGCCUGCUCGGAACGGAAGGAGACUAAGGAAGAAGAGGCCGGAUCGGUUGAGUCAAGCGGUCCCGACGAACUAAGCAGGGAAGAGAGAGAGGUCGUAGAACAGAGGAAACGGACAGCGGCAGAAGGCAAGCGACCGAUCGAGGAAUUAGGAGGGUCACCGUCGCAAUUGCUACAGGGCGAUCAGGCACUCAAUCCGGAACUGCCAUAAAAAGAGGCCGAGAGAAAUGGAGGCACUACGACAGAGGGAUCGCGACGCCGGCGUCG